AUGGAAGACAGUGCAAGGGGCCUCAUGCAGCUCUUGGAGGACGACGCAGUUCGCAUCUUGGACGAGAAACUCACUGAGGAACAAAAGGUUCAGGUUCAAGCGAUGGGCGUUCCAGUCCUGCUGUGCAGCACGGCAGGAGUUCGUGAUUUCCACGACUGGUACCGCGAAGCCCUCUUUGUCAUUCUUCGCUUUCUCAUCAAUCACCCGAAGCCUGGCCACGGGUACAAAUUCUUCACCAACCCCGAAUGGACCCGACCGAUCACGGGCGCUGAGGAAGGUCUGUACGCAUUUCUCGCGCUCAACCAUCUUUCGGGGCGGUUAGGCGAAGACCCAGCUAGGUGUUACGUUGAUGAAUACGGGAUGAAGCAGUGCCGCAAUGACCUUGUUGGCGUGGUUGAAGUGGGCGGUGCUUCUACCCAAAUCGUUUUUCCACUACAGGACGGCACUGCCCUGCCCUCGUCCAUCCGUGCCGUUAACCUGCAGCACGAACGCUUUCUCCCAUCGCGUUUUCCGAGUGCCGACGUCAUAUCGGUUUCUUUUAUGCAGCUGGGUGUGGCCAGUUCCUCCGGACUGUUUUUCAAGGAGCUGUGCAGUAACGCCGAAUUUCGGCAUCAGGGGAUUUGCUAUAAUCCCUGUAUUUUCAGAGGCUUCCGACAGGCCUGUUCCGCGGGCGAUGUCGAGAUCCUUCCAGACGGAACCAUAGUUGUGGAUGAAGAUGUGCGAAAGAACAAGCUGAAGCCGGUGGCGACAUAUUGCUCAGCGAACAAUCCGGAAAUUAGUUUCAAGGCAAUGAAUGAAAUUCAAUGUCGCGUAAACAAGAUUGAUCCGACGAAAUCACUCGCGGAGCGGCUGAGGAUCGACGACUGCUUCCAGAUUGUAGGAACUGGUGAUUUCGACACAUGCCAAGCCCAGGUAGAAGAACUUCUCGUCAGUCCCAGGUUUCCACUUCCAGCGAACAUUGAGGCAGCGUCGUCAGGCUUCGAAUCUGUUGGUCAGGUUUUCAAGUUCGCGUCUACGGCGUCGCCGAUGGUCAUUACAGGAGGAGCGAUGUAUGCGAGCAUCAGCACAAUGCAAGGUCUCGGACUUCUUCCGAAAGACUUCCAGGACGAUGUGCCGGGAAUCAGUCGGUUGUUGGAGGGUCUGUUCCCUGAGACGGCCUCAGCAGGAGGCUGUGCCGACGAGCCAGCGACACUUCGCGGAGUGAGCGCCGAGACAGAAAAACAUAUUUCUGCCGGUAAAGCACGCCUGCAGGACCUCCGCGAUGCGGAACGUCGCUGUCAUGAUGCCUGGCAAGCAAUUGUUGUGAUCGAUGGAGGCAGUAGUGCGACGCGGACGAAUGUAUUUCUGGCGAAGACCCGGUCAUGCCCACGUGGAGGCCGACACAUUGACCCCGACAGUAUUCGACUCCUCGGCGCGGGUAAGCGCUUCGCAGGACUUCGUGGAGUUUUAGAAAGCUGGCUAGACGCGUACGCUGGAGAGGACUGGGAGUCGAGGUCUGUUGAUUCCAAGCGUCUCUUCCAGCACGUUCCUGAGAUGGAAGACAGUGCAAGGGGCCUCAUGCAGCUCUUGGAGGACGACGCAGUUCGCAUCUUGGACGAGAAACUCACUGAGGAACAAAAGGUUCAGGUUCAAGCGAUGGGCGUUCCAGUCCUGCUGUGCAGCACGGCAGGAGUUCGUGAUUUCCACGACUGGUACCGCGAAGCCCUCUUUGUCAUUCUUCGCUUUCUCAUCAAUCACCCGAAGCCUGGCCACGGGUACAAAUUCUUCACCAACCCCGAAUGGACCCGACCGAUCACGGGCGCUGAGGAAGGUCUGUACGCAUUUCUCGCGCUCAACCAUCUUUCGGGGCGGUUAGGCGAAGACCCAGCUAGGUGUUACGUUGAUGAAUACGGGAUGAAGCAGUGCCGCAAUGACCUUGUUGGCGUGGUUGAAGUGGGCGGUGCUUCUACCCAAAUCGUUUUUCCACUACAGGACGGCACUGCCCUGCCCUCGUCCAUCCGUGCCGUUAACCUGCAGCACGAACGCUUUCUCCCAUCGCGUUUUCCGUGUGCCGACGUCAUAUCGGUUUCUUUUAUGCAGCUGGGUGUGGCCAGUUCCUCCGGACUGUUUUUCAAGGAGCUGUGCAGUAACGCCGAAUUUCGGCAUCAGGGGAUUUGCUAUAAUCCCUGUAUUUUCAGAGGCUUCCGACAGGCCUGUUCCGCGGGCGAUGUCGAGAUCCUUCCAGACGGAACCAUAGUUGUGGAUGAAGAUGUGCGAAAGAACAAGCUGAAGCCGGUGGCGACAUCUUGCUCAGCGAACAAUCCGGAAAUUAGUUUCAAGGCAAUGAAUGAAAUGCAAUGUCGCGAAAACAAGAUUGAUCCGACGAAAUCACUCGCGGAGCGGCUGAGGAUCGACGACUGCUUCCAGAUUGUAGGAACUGGUGAUUUCGACACAUGCCAAGCCCAGGUAGAAGAACUUCUCGUCAGUCCCAGGUUUCCACUUCCAGCGAACAUUGAGGCAGCGUCGUCAGGCUUCGAAUCUGUUGGUCAGGUUUUCAAGUUCGCGUCUACGGCGUCGCCGAUGGUCAUUACAGGAGGAGCGAUGUAUGCGAGCAUCAGCACAAUGCAAGGUCUCGGACUUCUUCCGAAAGACUUCCCGGGUGAUCUAGAACAACUGAUAGCUGCAUCACGUACAUACUGUUCGUCUCCAGUAGUUAACAGUGGAGAUGGCCUUGUCAUUCAGUUGCCAAACGCGGAACAAAAGCUGACUAGUAUGAACUACGACUUGUGCAAGACGAUCGCGCUGACUGUUUCGCUGAUUCAGCACAUGGAGGCAGGCGAGCAUAAACCGUCAUCCAUUUCCUGGCAAAAAAGCGUUGUGGGACCAGAUGGAAAACCACGUGCUGAUCUUGGGUGGCAUGUUGGGGCAAUUCUUCAUCGUGUCCUCUUCACGGAAGAAUGGGGACGUACAGCUUAUGAGACGGGAUUUACCUACAACAUGUGA